UUCUUGGAUACGUCACUCGCCAAUGUUCGUUUUUUUUUAUUUUUAUGAACUCCCUGACAAAAACAAGCCACAGGAUACAUCUCAGCACCAGUGAACUAACAUGGACGACAUAGACGAAGCUAUUGUGACCGUCAAAGGGAGCAGCUCAGAGCAGAGAAAGCUGCGUUCUCGCGAUGCGGCUCGCUGCAGACGAGGUAAGGAGACGGAGCUAUUCUACAACCUGGCUCGAACCCUACCCCUACCCAGACGCGUCUCGACACAUCUUGACAAGGCGGCCAUCAUGAGGGUCGCCCUCAGCUUCCUGCGUAUGCAACGCUUCCUCCAUUCCGGGGCUGAGAGCCCAAGGGCGUCCGACGGCGAUGAGGAAGAUGAGGACUUGGCAGAUGUCCUGUACACUCAAGCGCUAUCUGGCUUUAUUGUGGUGAUUUCGGCAGAAGGAGACAUCAUCUAUCUGACAGACAACGUCAACAAGCACAUCGGCAUCCCACAGUUGGAGCUUCUGGGUCAGAGCGUGUAUGACUUUGUUCAUCCGUGCGACCAUGAAGAUCUCACGGACCUCCUUCAGCACCCAAUAUGCGGUAAAAAACUGAGCAGCGGUAGUAAGCAAAGCCAGAUAAACUUCUUCCUGCGAUUGAAGAGCACUUUGACCAACAAGGGGCGCACUGUUAACCUUAAGUCUGCCAACUGGAAGGUGUUCCACUGCACGGGUCACAUGCGUAUGCUGGAUGACUCGUCUGCAGAGCCCUCCAAGGACGCUGUCAUGACGCUGCUAUGCGAGCCCAUUCCCCACCCAUCCAGCGUGGACUUCCCCCUAGACACGUACACCUUCCUCACCCGCCACAGCAUGGACAUGUACUUCACACAGUGCGAGGGCAGGUUGAGCGAACUGGUGGGAUACAAGGCGGACGACCUAAUCGGCCGCUCUGUGUUUGAGUUUCAUCACGCGCUGGACUCAAUUCAUGUCAACAACAGCCUGCGCACAUUGCUGGCCAAAGGGCAGGUGAGCACCAGCCCCUACCGCUUCCUGGCGAGCGGCGGUGGCUUUGUGUGGGCCCAGACUCAAGCCACCGUCCUCUACAACAACAAAACGUCACAUGCCGAGGCCGUGGUCUGCCUCAACUUUGUUCUCAGUGCCGUGGAGCAGUCGGACGUGGUUUUCUCCCCUGAGCAGAUCAAAUCCGAAAGCCUCGACAAAGACGUCGAUGUGGGCGAGAGAUGCAGCAGCAGCACGCAGGAGAUUCUUCUCCCGCCCACACCAGAAGACACAGAUACUGUUGCUCCACUGACAGGAGAUUUUGUAGCGCUUUCCUUCGCCACGCCACAAAGCCCAAGUGACGUCCCCAAGAACCCUCAGGACCUUUGCACUCCCCAGCUGCGCCAGCUCCUCCUUCCCAUCUUCAACCCCGACACUCCCCUGCAAUCUUCAUCCUCGGCAUCCUCCUCAUCGGAUCCUGAGCCGAGCGAUAACGACGGAAUGGGUGACGUCAAUAAGGUUGAGAAGUUCUUUGCCUUUUGGCCAGAAGAUGGCAAAAAGACACAAAAUAAUGUGCAGCAGGUGAUGGAUGGUAUGGAUCUGGACAUGUUGGCUCCCUACAUCUCUAUGGAGGACGACUUCCAGCUCAGCUUCUUCAACACUGUCCCAGAGGCCAAUACUGACAUUAACGCAGAUCUACCACCUGAGCUCGCUGCCAUCAAUAGGAAACGGGCUCACAACCUGGAUGAGGAUGCUCUGUCCCAGCUGAUGACAGAGAACAUCAAGCGUCACAAGCAUAACAGCAAUGCCGCCUCCCGGGAGGACCAGCUCUUGCUCAACCAUGCGCUACAGGGCUGCCUGGAGGAGUGCCAAUUAGAAGGGAAGCUGGCACCAGGGCAAAGUCAUCUUCUUACUGACAGGGAUCCCAUCUUGGGGAGCAUGAGAGAACUCUGUGACACCACAUCGCUGCUGCUGGACAUCUUCAAAUCCCAGCCGCCCCCUGACCUGUCCCCUAUUUCCUGACCAAGCUGUCAUUAUCGUGGUGGUCACUGUCUUCAUCGUCAUCUUUUGUCUUCUGCGCACACUCAGAUGACAGCCAGCCAACCAGCUAUUUUAUAAGCUCAGAAAAUGAUGAUGCUUUGCUGAUCGAAUGCACAAAGGCCUUUUAGUGGCAUAUUUUUGUAUGCUUAAUUACCAAUCAUCUGUACAUUUAUCAAGUGGAAUCACUUUUGGGGGACAUUUAUUUGUGUUUCUUCUGAAUGAAUGCCCUGGGCGAGUGAAAUCACUCUCACACUCCUUAUAUGAUCCUUUAAAAAAAAAAUAUACAAAAACGUAUUCACCUUUUGAUUUAUACAAGUGUACUAUAAUCAUGCAGUAGUUAAGUAGCGAGUUUAGCCUUUGCUAGUUUUUGGAUUGACAGUAGAAGGAGUAAACUGCCAAUUUUGGGGCAUUGUUGGUUUUGGAAAUGUUUUUCCGGACAUGCAUUUUUGAACAAGGUUGGUAAAGAUUAUUUUUAAUGUGCCUAAUAAAAUAAACAGUUUUAACAGCA